CUGCUCUGUGUACGUUGGAUUACGACACAUUCCUGUCAUCCACAUGUAAGAGGACACCGCUUCCUGGUGUGGACUCAUAAUAAUGGGCUGAAGUAGACCUGUGCAAGUUCUCGGUGUGAGCUGUUCGGAUUUAGAUCACAAGUCUGCAGAUACAGUGAACGGAAGAGACACCGUAUUCAGUCUGAGGAAUGUCAGACGUAAACAAAUCUGCAGAGGAUGGCGGCUCCUUCUCAUCGAAGGUCAUCAACAUUGUGUUUAUCACCCUGCUGUUGGACCUGCUGGGAUUUACACUAAUUCUUCCUCUACUGCCUUCCAUUUUGGACCAUUAUGCACAAACUGGGGAUGGCGUGUAUCAGUCUCUGCAGGGUGUUGUGGACUGGUUCAGGGAGGUCGUCGGGAUUCCUAUGGAAAAGAAAUACAACAGUGUCCUGUUUGGAGGUCUGAUCGGGUCGCUGUUUUCUCUGCUGCAGUUCCUGGCGUCGCCUGUAACCGGGGCUCUGUCAGACCGCUAUGGCAGGCGACCCUUGAUGAUGCUCACUACAUUAGGGCUGAUGGCCUCCUAUGCGGUCUGGGCCGUUUCCCGGAGCUUCAGCAUGUUCCUUUUGUUUCGAGUAAUUGGGGGCAUUUGUAAGGGCAACGUCAGCCUCUGCACCGCCAUCGUGGCCGACUUGCCUUCCCCGAAAGCACGGAACCGAGGAAUGGCUAUGAUCGGCAUCGCCUUCUCCCUGGGCUUCACUGUGGGGCCUCUGAUGGGCGCCUACUUUGCCCUCAGCUCCAGGGAAACAGGAAAUGUCUUCUUCCAGACUCCCGCUCUGCUCGCCUUGGCCUUCAGUGCUGCUGAUCUGCUCUUUAUUUGGCUCAUGCUGCCAGAGACGCUCACAAAUGAUGUCAAGGCUUCAUCUUCGGGGUUCGGGAACUCCAGGGACCUUCUGAACCCAUUAUCUUUGUUCCAUUUUUCAGCUGUUACCAGGACAAAAGAUCCACCUCAAAAAGGAAGAAUACAGAAGCUUCAAGUGCUGGGCCUGGUUUAUUUCUGCUACCUCUUCCUGUUCUCCGGUCUGGAGUUCACGCUGAGUUUUCUGACUCACCAACGCUUCCACUUCACAAGUAUGGACCAGGGAAAGAUGUUCUUCUUCAUCGGUGUCAUCAUGGCUUCGAUCCAGGGAGGGUACGCUCGCAGAAUCAAACCUGGGCAGCACAUCAAGGCUGUUCAAGUGGCAAUCAUAACAUUAAUCCCAGCGUUUAUUCUCAUCGGGCUCUGCUGGAAUGUAACGAUGCUUUACGUCGGCUUGGCGUUAUACUCAUUUGCGGCUGCAGUAGUAGUUCCAUGCCUGUCAACGCUUGUCUCUGACCACGGGUCGGCCAGUCAGAAGGGCACAGUGAUGGGGAUCCUGCGUAGUUUGGGCGCUCUGGCCAGAGCACUGGGACCAGUUGUGGCAUCCUCCGUUUACUGGAUCUCUGGAGCUCAGAUCUGUUUUCUCCUCACAUCAGCCUCUUUCAUUAUUCCUCUGGCUCUACUGAGAACAGCCAGAAGGCUAAAGGAUGAGUGAGAGACACAAAGUCUUGACAGAGAUUCUGAUAUUUUACACUUUAAAUGAAUGUUAUGAUGUUUACAUGUGCUGGGAAAACAAGCACUGACGUCUCACUGUGACACAAACACAAAUAGGGGAUAUAUGUUUUCUGCGCUGUUCGCCAAGGAUCAUUACAUGAAACUAAAUAAUGCAAGAAGACGAUGCACAUGCCAGAAGAGAAGGGACGUUGUUGUACAAAUGACGAUGAUGAUGAUGAUGAAAUGAGUGGACAUAAUGCCUUUUAAUGUAUGUGCACAUGUAGACAUGCAUAUUGUGAACUGUAUGGGUUAGGGUGGGUUACACAAAUAACAUUUAUGCUGAUAGAUAUGAUUUUAUAAUGCAGUAUUUUAUCAAGCACUCAGAUUUUAUAUUUUACAUUUUUUUUAGCUCACUUUAAAAAAAAAAUGGGGAUAUUCUAUUUUCUUGUUAUUAAAAAAGAAAAAAGUUGACAUCUGUGUCUGGAAAUGAAUUAUUAUCUUACUUAAAGGUUGAACAAAAAGGUUUUCAAUAAACUUAAUUGCAGUGAAGGAAA